AUGUUAGAUUACUCUGCUCUUGGUUUACAAGAUGAUGACAAUUCAGAAACAUACUGGGCUAAAGUGUUCCGUCUUAAAAACAGUGCAGGUCAUGGAAUGUUUUUAAAUUUGAAAUAUGCAAUAAGCCUAUUGUUCCUUUUAUCCUUUUCGAAGGCAUCUGACGAAAUAAAAUUUAGCGUUCUGAAGAAUUUGAAAACAGAAAAUCAUAAUUGGCUGCAGAAUGAUACUGUUGUGGCGCUUAUGACCACUAAAGACGGUGGCCUGUUCAGUUACUUUAGGGGAUUGCUGGGAGCAAGGGAAAUGAGAAUAUUGAUACUUGGCUUGGACGGCGCCGGAAAAACCACUAUACUUUAUAAACUUCAAGUCGGAGAAGUGGUUACAACUAUACCAACUAUUGGGUUCAAUGUAGAACAAGUAACAUAUAAAAACCUCAAGUUUCAAGUGUGGGAUCUUGGUGGUCAGACCAGUAUUAGGCCUUAUUGGCGAUGUUACUAUGGGAACACAGAUGCAAUAAUUUAUGUUGUAGACUCUGCUGAUAGAGACCGAAUAGGAAUAUCAAAAGAUGAACUGGUUCACAUGUUAAGAGAAGAGGAACUAGCCAAUGCAAUUCUUGUGGUGUUAGCAAAUAAACAAGACAUGGCUGGUUGCUUGACUGUGGCUGAAGUUCAUCAGGCUUUAGGUCUGGACGCCCUGCGUGACCGUACCUUUCAAAUCUUCAAGACUUCUGCAGUAAGAGGAGAGGGAUUAGACCAAGCAAUGGAUUGGCUGUCAAAUGCUUUGCAGGCUAGAAAAUAACAUCAAAGAUAGAUUGUAUGAAAAGGAUAGUGAAAUAAAAUGCGGCUGAACUGAAUGUGUGAGAGGGACAGAUGAUAAGUUAGUGAUCUAUUACGCCAUUAACUUUAGUACUUAGUGUUGUCACUGAAAAUUUGUGAGUGUUCACAAUAUAUAUUUUUAUUUAUAAAUUUUAACCAUAAUAAAACAAUACUGAGUAGUUAUUUGUUCUUUCCUAUAUUAUAAACAUUAUUGGCAGUAUAUCUUGUCAUAAGAAAAUUAAGAUGAGUUUAUAUAUUUUUUUUAUUUGUAGUAUUUAUAGGUGCUUACUUUAUUCUAUUUAAAAAUUAUGUAUAGUAAUCAGUUUAGAGCCAUAACUUUACCUAAUAUUUCUACAUUUACAUCAAUGGCAUUAUCAUUAAAUUAAUGUGUGAUAUUAUUUAAUUAAAUAAAUGAAAGCUUAUUCCGAGCUCGGAAUAGUUUGUAUGAAUGAAAUAUGUAAUUCUGAUUUCUAAUCAACCAACCUGUUUGAAAAUUAUUCUUUACAGUCUGUCUGUUUUUAUAUUAUCAAAUGAAAUAUGAGAUUUGUCUUCUAUAAUACGGCAUAAUAUUAAAA